GUGUUGCCGCGGGGGCGCUAUUGGGACCGGGACCGGCGGCGUGCGAAGGGAACAGGGUAGCCAUGGCCGGUUCCGCUGCUGUCGCUGCCCCGGGGCCCAGCGCCCCCAGGAGGCUGAAUGUGAACGUGGGGGUCCUGGGGCACAUCGACAGCGGCAAGACAGCGUUGGCCCGGGCGCUCAGCACCACCAGUUCCACCGCCGCCUUCGACCGGGCCCCGCAGAGCCGAGCUCGGGGCAUCACCCUGGACCUGGGCUUCUCCUGCCUCCGCACCCCGCUGCCGCCGCACCUGGGACCCGGCCCCGGCGAGCUCCAGCUCACCCUGGUGGACUGUCCGGGACACGCCUCCCUCAUCCGGACCAUCAUUGGCGGUGCCCAGAUUAUUGAUUUGAUGAUGCUCGUCAUAGAUGUGACAAAAGGGAUGCAGACUCAGUCAGCAGAGUGCUUGGUGAUUGGGCAAAUCGCCUGCCAGAAGAUGGUAGUAGUUCUGAACAAAAUAGACCUUCUUCCAGAGGGGAAGAGACAAGCUGCCAUUGAGAAGAUGACGAAGAAAAUGCAGAAGACUCUGGAAAAUACAAAGUUCCAAGGGUGUCCUAUUGCUGCUGUUGCAGCUAAGCCAGGUGGACCAGAAGCCCCAGAGACUGUGACUCCACUAGGUGUUUCUGAACUAAUUGAGGUCCUGAAGUCUCAGGCUUACCUGCCAACAAGAGAUCCCACGGGACCCUUCCUUAUGGCCAUCGACCACUGUUUCUCCAUCAAGGGUCAAGGCACAGUGAUGACAGGGACUGUUCUUUCUGGCUCCGUUAGCUUAGGUGAUAAUGUGGAGAUUCCUGCCCUGAAGGUGACAAAGAAAGUCAAGUCUAUGCAGAUGUUCCAUACUCCUGUAACGUAUGCCAUGCAGGGUGACAGAGUAGGCGUUUGUGUGACCCAGUUUGAUCCCAAGCUGCUAGAACGAGGUCUAAUCUGUACUCCAGAAUCUCUCCAGACCAUACAUGCUGCUGUCAUCUCCUUGAAGAAAAUCCAGUAUUUCCGUGGUGCUCUUCAGACCAAAGCCAAGUUUCACAUCACAGUUGGUCAUGAAACAGUCAUGGGAAGAGUGAUGUUUUUCAGUCCAGCUCCUGCUGACUUCAGCAAAGAACCCCUGGAGAAUGCUUUUGAUUUUGAAAAGGAAUAUCUUUAUCAAGAGGAAUACUUAUCCAAGGGGUCAAAAUCUUCAGAGGAAAACAAGGAAAAUGACCAAACAGGAGAAGGGCAGCUUCCGAGGCAACAAUGGGCUUUACUGGAGUUUGAAAAACCUGUCACUUGUCCUAAAUUUUGCCUUGUGAUUGGCUCCAAGCUGGAUACUGAUAUUCAUGCAAACACCUGCAGGUUGGCGUUCCAUGGGGUAUUGCUUCAAGGGAUGGAAGACAAGAACUAUGUUGAGACUUUUCUUCCAAAGCUGAAAGUGUAUAAAUUGAAGCAUAAGGAAGGACAAGUGGAGAGGGUGCUGGAUGAUUAUAGUGUGAUUGGUCGUUCGUUGUUUAAGAAGGAGACCAACAUCCAGAUUUUUGUGGGGCUAAAAGUCAAACUAUCUACAGGAGAGGAUGGAGUAAUAGAGGGCGGCUUUGGGCAGAGUGGCAAAUUUAAAAUCCGAAUUCCAAAUGGACUCAAGUCAGAUACAAAGGUGUUUCUCACUGUCCCCUCCAAGAAGAAAUCCAAGGCAGGGAAGGGAGAUGCAGCCAAAGAGGAUGAAAGCAGCAAGGUUGACUCAGCCCAGCCUGUUACUAUCAACCUUCUCUUUAAAAGAUAUGUCUUUGACACACAGAAGAAAAUGAUUCAAUCUUGAGAAGGCAGAAGAGGCCUUCUAGCUGAUGUCUGAAGUGUCCUUAAAAGGCUUACACACCAAAAUGAAUUCAGGUGGAACGUAUUUCUUGUCUGAAAACCUUGGACUUUGAAAGGCUUUUUAUCUCAGUAACAUCCUAUAAGGGCGCCUUCUACCUGGAUUGAAGCUGGAAAGUCCUCCUAUCCCCAUGACUUCGCUUGGCCUCCAGAAUCUGUUUGUUCUGAUUUUGCUAUUUGAAUCUCCCUGCUGUCCCUCUUGGCAAGUGUCACCUGCCAAUUUGUACUAUUGUGUUUUACAGUUGAUAGAAAUGUUUUCGUGAAAUGUUUUAAGUUUCUUUUAAUUUAAACAUUCUGCAGCAAGGUGGAAAAUCCAAACCCAGUAGCAAUUUGGGAAAUUUUAUGAGAACCAGUAAAUGAAACUAACCAGUCUACUUUCACGCCCCAAGCUGAGUGAGGGGCAAAAAAUACCCAAUGUAAAUGGUGAAAAUUAAAAUAGAUGUUUUAGAUUCUUUCAGAUCUAAUAAUGUGAGAUGCUGUCUGAGAGACAGGUAUGGAAGUUUUGUAUAAAUGAUUUAUAUCUUGACAGUCUGCAAUGUUAGAACAUCCUCAUAUGCACAUAAUUUCAGGGUCUGUAUUGUUAUGUUUGCUAGUCUGGCAGUUCAGAACUGCUUUUCUACAAUAUUUCACACAGCCUUUGAGAGUCUGCUGGCUAUUUAGUUGAUUCUUUAGGAAAUUGGAAGGCUAAGCUGUUCUGAAUAAUUGCUAAGAAAAUAUGUGCUGGAACUACUUUAAUUUUUGUAACCAAAGUGCUUGUUUUGUGAGAAUGAAACACAAAGUUGCCUGUGGAAAUAGUGACUGGCUUUAUUUCAUUAAAUUAAGAUACCAUAUUGCAGUAUAAGGGCUUUUAAACUGAAGAUCUCUAAGGCGCUUUAGAAACUAUUAGCUGUUUAGAAAGGCUCUCAUAGGUGGUACUUCUGAUUUCUUGCCCUAACCUCAUAAAAGCUGGGGAUAACAGUUCUCCAGUGUCCCUUAUUUGUUUCUUGUAGAGCGUAAGCCACCCAAACACAGAUACUAACAAUGGUUGUACACAUUCAGAUGCUGCACUCUUGAGCAGGGAUUGAACGAAGGAUUUACAACACCAAAACAUUCACCCGUGUCAUUUGAUCAAAAGGAGUAACACUAUUUGCUGUCAGUAAGUGAUGUGGUUGCUGGGACCAGCCAUGAGAAUGAGAUGGGGCCACGUGCACCAAGCCAGCAUAUUUCUUUAGAUCACAUGGAAUGCUAAACAAAUAACCAUAAUAGAUCAUUUACUCUCUUGCUUGCCAAAGCAUUAUUGAUCAGCCAUCCAGUAAUGGGAAUAGGGGUUGUGCACUUUCUGCUGGCUUGUGUGGCUUUUUUUCAGCAGAGCAAAAUAUUGUAGGAUUUAUUUAUUUGGUGACAGGGAUGAACUGGAAGGAGCAAAAAACUUGAUAUCCAGAGAACAUUUCCCGCUAAACAUUCUUGAGGCAGGGCAAAUUUGGUGCCUAAACUAGCUUGACACAGUGUCCCUUUAAAUCAGAUCAGAGGAAGUGCUUUGUGGAAUAAUCCCAAACAGUUUCUGCUGAGUGAGUGAGUCCCAGCCAAAGCUUUAGCACAUCCUUUAAGAUGAUGGGGUUCGCUUUCAGUGUGAUCCAUGAGGAAUUAGGCAACUCCAGUUACGGCUUAAUAUGACUUGUGCUGCCAGCCCUGCUGUAAAAUGUAUCCUCCUAUAAGGAAAAUGUGUCCUCUCUCCCACCCUUCUCUCUCAUAUACACCCCCCAAGACAAUCUUUCACAGAAUAUUUAUUGCAUUCUCUUUCUGUUAAGUAGUUAUCAAAUCCCAUAUUGCAUCCUUUACUCAAUACUGCACUCCCGUUUAGCACUUAGAUACUAUGGUGAUGGGUGUUAUAGAAAACUGUUAAAUAGAUGACACAGAGGGAAUGCCUGUGUAUUAUAUCUGCUUAAUCUAAGAAUUAUUGGUAUAAUUUGGGGAAUUUUGAUCACUUGCAAUUACUAAAGAAUUUGUAGUAUGUUUAA